AACGGAUUCGACACUGAGUUCCCGCACUUCGGGAAUCGGUUGACUGAAAGUUAUCAGUUCAUUUCAUGUGUUCUGUUGGGAAGGUUUGGUUGUUUUCGAUUUGAUUCGGUUGUUCGACGGUUGGAAAAAGCUUACUGCAUUGGUGGUAAUAGGCGAAAUGUCGCUAAUCCAUUGAUUAGCACGAGUUAAUUUCGAAUGUAAGCUGCAGGGAAAAUGUUCUGCACCAGAUUUGGUUACUGACAGUGACUACGGGUUUGAAGUGGUGAAAACUUAACAGAAGACAGUGACAGCGAGAUGAGUUUUGAACAGAGAAAAAAUCUAAGCCUUUCGGUGGGAGAUGUUGAAUCUCAAGAGGUCAAGGAUGACCAGCGGUUGCUGAGCAGUCCGUUCGACAAGCUGCAGCCGAUUCUGAUUGGUGGCAAGAACGGUGGCUAUCAGCAGCUGCCGCACAAAAGCAGCCCACAGACGCCGACCACUCCGUUUGUUUACACGCCAAGAUCGCCCUCACUGGGCCGGAGAAGCCGCGCAUUCCGUCCGGGAACAACCCGAAAGUACCGCAAGCGGGCCAUCCUGAAGAGCGGCGAAUGCAACAUUUCCCUGUCCAAGGUGUCACAGCAGCGGUUGCGCUUUCUGCAGGACAUCUUUACCACGCUGGUGGACGCCCAGUGGCGCUGGACGUUGCUGGUUUUCGCGUUCAGCUUCAUCGGUUCGUGGCUGUUCUUUGCCGUCAUUUGGUGGCUGAUUGCUUUUACACACGGCGAUUUGGAGGAACUGCACCUGCCGGAUAAUCAGGCUGAAAGCGGUUGGAACCCUUGUGUGUACAAUAUUCGAUCGUUUACUUCGUGCUUCCUGUUUUCGAUCGAAACGCAACACACCAUCGGUUAUGGUGUUCGAACGACGACGGAGGAAUGUCCGGAGGCGAUUUUCAUCAUGUGCUUCCAGUCGAUCUACGGUGUAAUGAUUCAGGCUUUCAUGGUGGGCAUUGUCUUUGCCAAGAUGACCCGACCGAAGCACCGAACGCAGACGCUGCUGUUUUCGAAGCACGCCGUGAUUUGCCAGCGGGACGGGGAGCUGUGCUUCAUGUUCCGAGUGGGAGAUAUGCGCAAGAGCUUGAUUAUCGGUGCGAAUAUCCGGGCGCAGUUGAUUCGUACGAAGGCAACCAAGGAGGGAGAAGUUUUGCAGCAGUACCAGUCCGAGCUGGAGGUCGGUGUGGAUGGCUGCGAUUCGAAUAUGUUCUUCAUUUGGCCGCAGGUCGUCGUCCACAGGAUCAAUUCGGACUCACCCUUGUACAAUAUGUCGGCUACGGAUUUACUGCAGGAUCGAUUUGAGGUGGUAGUGAUCCUAGAGGGAACGGUGGAGUCAACCGGACAGUCCACCCAGGCCCGGUCGAGCUACGUAAACUCGGAGAUUCUCUGGGGUCAUCGUUUCGAGCCAGUGGUUUUCUACAACAAGGAAAACCAGGGCUAUGAAAUCAACUACAGUAAGUUUGAGGAAACCCAACAGGUGGACACGCCCCUGUGUUCCGCUCGCGAGUUGGCUGAAUUCUACAAAAUUCAGGACGACUACAGGAGCAACGAUAAUCUCGACAACAUCUCUUCGAAGACCCUGCUGGAGAAGCGCUGGCAGCACAAGUAUCGCUCGCUGAUGGACACCCUCAGCCAGUCCGUUAACAUGGAGGACGAAACCGGAUCGCUACGAAUUAGUCCGCAUCCGUCGAAUCGGUCCUAUCUGACCAUCCAGAACAUUCCCCGACGGGAGCGGUCCUUUAUGCAGUUGGAGAAUAAUCUACGAAAUCUGUUCGACGCCGGUGCGCCUCCUCAGCAGCACCAGCAGCAGCAGCCUAGGGUUCAUGCUGCUGCCGGCGACCGGAGGAGGCGCUCGGAUGAACAACCCUGCUCGACACCUCCACCUACCAUCUCCGAGGUGGUGUGCACCUUCGGUGACAAUCGUAAGCGAGCCGAUUCCGCUAGGAAUUAAUCCAGUGUGGCGGCGGCGGCGAGCGGUUUUCGCUGAGAGACAAAGAGAUCUACGCUUUAGUAUUAGUUUUCCGAUUUAGUUUAGUUGAAUGCAUUCUAAAUAUAUGUAGUAGGUAAUUUAAUUACGAACUUUUGGUACAAGAAUGUGAGAAUAGUAUUAAGGAUGAAAAUAUUAAACAGUGAUAUUUUACGCGAUACGAUCGUGAGCAAGAUG